CCGGUUUGACGAGGACAACAACACCAAUGGAACAGAUGCAGCCAUGGAUAAGUUAAAGAACACAGUUUUUUACAAGAAAUGGAACGACUCCCAAGUGACAGAGGAAGUUGCAGUCGGCCAUUGUGAUGAAGACUGGGCCACAGAGAAUGAGAUUUACACCAGAACAGAAAGUCCUACCUCUACAGAGCCAGCGACCAUCUGUGGAGCCAGGAGGAAUGAUAUUUUCACUGUUGAUGAUGCUUUAGAAGCUGUUGGCUUUGGAAAAUACCACUGGAAAAUCUGUCUAUUUACAGGACUGUCAUGGAUUGGUGAUGCAAUGGAGAUGAUGAUCCUGAGCAUUUUAGGACCCCAGUUACACUGUGAGUGGAGACUGCCGGGCUAUAAGGUGGCUCUUAUAACAUCAGUGGUGUUUAUUGGGAUGGGGAUUGGCUCUCCAUUAUGGGGAAAUGUAUCGGACAAAUACGGCAGACGAAGAGGGCUCAUUGCUUGUAUGAUGUGGACUCUGUACUAUGGCCUGUUGAGCUCUUUUGCUCCACAGUACAGCUGGAUAAUAACCCUGCGAGCACUUGUGGGUUUUGGUUUAGGAGGAGCCCCUCAGGCAGUAACGCUGUACUCAGAAUUCCUUCCGGUGAAAGCAAGAGGAGUCUGUGUCAUGCUCAUUGCGGCCUUCUGGGCGCUCGGUGCCGUCUGUGAGGUCGUCUUGGCCCUGCUCGUCAUGCCCACACUUGGCUGGAGAUGGCUUCUUGGUCUGUCAGUUAUUCCCAUGGCUGUGUUUGUCCUUCUGUCUCCUUGGUUGCCAGAAAGUCCUCGCUUUGACGUCUUGACCGGAAGAAGCGAUAAAGCAAUGAAAACUUUAGAGCAAAUGGCAAAAGCUAAUAAGAAAUGUUUACCUCAGGGAAGGCUGAUUUGUAGGAGUCCUCAAAGCAGCCGUGGGCGAGUGAAAGAUCUGUUCAUUCCUCAGCAUCUUCGAACCACACUGAUUUUGUGGUUUGUUUGGUUUUCAAAUGCUUUCUGCUAUUACGGUAUCGUCUUGUUGACAACUGAAAUGUUCCAAGAUGGAGACGCAUGUGGAACGACUCAAGGGGCGAAGGCCGAUCUGUGUCGACUGGAGUGUAAAUACUUGACGACGGAGGACUACAAAGACCUUCUGUGGACGACUCUGGCUGAAUUCCCUGGGAUUUUAAUCGUCCUUUUUGCAAUUGAUCGAAUUGGUAGAAAGAGGAGCAUGACGCUGGGUUUUUUCAUGUUUGCUUUGUGCAUCCUGCCCAUGUAUUCCUGCAUCGGGAGGAUAUCACUUACAAUCCUGAUUUUUGUGGCGAGGGCUGCUAUCUCCGGAGGAUACCAGGUGGUUUUUGUUUACACACCAGAGGUGUUUCCCACAGAAAUAAGAGCUUUAGCUCUGGGGACCUCGAGUGGCUUUGCCAGAGUGGGAGCCCUCGUGACACCUUUUGUAGCACAAGUGUUGCUGAGAUAUUCGGCUAACGUCACGUUGUCUGUGUACUGGGUGUGUGCUCUGCUGGCCGGGAUAGCGGCCCUGCUCCUGCCCAUUGAGACUUUAGGCCGAACUAUGCAGGAGCGUGGAGCUGAGCCGGAGCCUGAGGCCGAGCGCACGUCCUCCUCUCAGUAGGUGCAGACACACGUCUAAAGAAAUGUGUGGGACAACAACGUUCAGGAUGUUUCAGAAACCACUGCACUGGAUGACAAUCAUUUUUGUUUUUGCCAAAUUACUCAUUUUUAAAAUUAUUUUCUUUAGAGAUAAUUUUAAAUUUGCUAAAUCCACUGUUUAUUAUAUUAUGGUUAAUAUAAUAUGUUACUAAUAACAGUUUUACUCUGUAUCACGCUGUUCUAUUUAUUUAUGGUAUUAAAGUGUAUUACUUUUUUGU